GAUUUAGUAGAUAGGUUCUGGCGCCAGGGCUGACCUUACAAGAAUCAGUUGUUUCUGUACGGCUUUUUCUCUGUAAACUGUUUGUUGGAUUCUUGAUUUUUAGCUAGCAAAUUUUGCUUCUUGAGGGUUAUAAAACAUAAUAACAUUUUUCGAAGUUUAAAUCACUCUUGACGGGCUGUAUUGAUGUGUGACAACAUAACUUCUGAAAUUCCUUUCCCCAAAUAUUUACUUUUCACUAAAUGUGAUUGAGUAUAUCUGGCUCUGUCACUCACUUAUAAUCUUACCAAUGCUAGUGAUUUCAACAUGGAAGACUUCUCUUUGUCACUAAAAAGUGAUAUUGUUCAUUCUUGUACUAUGGAAAAAUCAGAUAAUCCAUCGGCAAAAUGUCAUGAUAUUUUGUCCAGUCAGGGUUCUAAAACAAAUUCAGCUACAAGUCAAAAUAAUAAUAACGAUGCUUGCCGGACUGAUAAUGUAACAACUGAAGAACGGCCAGUUGAAACAAUCACUGAAGAUUUGGAACCUGCUUUACGACGCAGUAAACGUGGUAAAGGCAGACCUAGCAACACUCAUAAUGCAAACAGUAAUAAUAAUAAUGAUGGAACUUCAGACGAUCAUGUUCCUUCAUGCAUUAUUUCGGGUACUGAAUAUCACACAGGUGAUUUUGUUUAUUAUGAAGAACCAGAUUUUGAAUAUUAUACAAUUGGUUUAAUUGAAGAAAUUAAAGUAUCUAGACGUGAUAAAUUUUCAAUAUUUAUUAAAUGUUUUUAUCGUACACGUGAUAUACCGGAUAUUUCAAAACAAGGUCUUCCUGAUCGAGAUAAUUAUCCAAUUCAUUCAAAUAUUAAAUUAAUUCGUGAUAUAUUUGCUCGUGAAUUAUUUGUCUCUGAAGUUCAAGAAACUUUACCAGCUAAACAACUUCGUGGUUUAUGUAAAGUGAAUUAUUUACCUGAUUUAAAAACUGCAUUAUCUACAUUUUCACCAGAAGAAGAUGAUAGUUUUUUCUAUGUAUUUGCAUAUAAUCCUGAAACUCGUCGUUUAUCAAAAAUUCGUGCAGAAAUACGAGUUGGACAAGCCUAUCAAGCUUUAUUGCCUGAAUUUCGUCAUUCUCCACCAGCUAAGUAUCGCUUUGGACAUAGUCGAGGCAGUUUUCGAUCAAUUAAACGUAGUCACAAAUCAAAAAUUAAAUUGGAAACAUCAUACAAAUCUAACCAAGAUGUUAAUACACUCAAAUGUUGUUUAAGAAAAUCUCAUUCAUUGUCACCGUAUUAUCGUCGUAAAUACCGGUGUAAAGCAAUGAAGUCAGUUACUGCUACUAAUACUACUGCUGAUAGUAGUAAUAAUAAUGAUAAUUUAACAAAUCAACCAACAAUCAAUGAUACAUUGAAUAUUUCUAAUCCUGACAAUAAUUCUACUAUUUCAAUGUUGAAUAAUAAUAAAACACUAAAAACAUCUUUAGAAUUAUCACAAACUGAUAACAAUCUUAUUAGUAGUAAUAAUCAUGUCACUUGUGAAAUAGAUACUAUACCAAAUUUAUCAGAAGAUAUGAAAAAUUCUGAAGAUAACAAUGUUGAAAUAGAUGUUCAACAACAACAAUUAGAUACACAAAAUUCCAUACAACUGUUAAAUUUACCGCCAAAAUUAGAGAAUGCAAAUGAUUUUAAAGAUUCUUUAAACACUAUAACUACUACUGAUUAUUCUCAUCAUAGAAAGCAUCAUUCUUUGUGUAUGCACAAGAAUCAUUCAUAUUAUAGAAAACAAUUACAUCAUCAUAGGAAAAAACGACAUCGUCGGUUACGACGGCGGUGGCGUCAACAACAAUCACAAUGCAAAGAGGUACUUGUAUGGAGUCCUGGUGGUUUAUCCUCUGCUCUGUCUGGUACAUCUAAGAAAUUUGAUUUUUCAAAUAACACUGCUUAUAAUCAUAAUAACAUUAAUCUUAAUGAUAUCAAUGACAAUUUUAGUAAUGUAUCAAAUAACAUCAGCACUGAUUUCAAUUCUAUGCUUUCCGAUGAACCAUUAAAGAAUUAUUUAGAUGCUGUACGGUCAAUGGUGGCAUUUUUCGGAUUUGGUGGCGCUGAUGAUGAUUUAGCAUCAGCUGAAAAUGGUCUGGUACUGGCUAAUUUAGCUGCAACAACACAACAUGCUUAUGAUACAUUACAUAAGUGUAAUUAUUCGUUAAGAAAUGCCCUGCAAGCGAUAUCAUGUAAUCCUAUUGUAGCUAAGGAUACACCUAGACAUUGGACAACAGAUCAAGUUCGUUUAUUUGCACAUGCUUUACGUAUUCAUGGUAAAGAUUUUUUUAAAAUUCAACGAAAUUUCUUUGGUGGGAAAACAUUCGUUAAUAAUAAUAAUGAUAAUAAUAAUAACAAUAACUCUACCGGCAAUAAUGGAAAUAAUGUAAAUGGUGUUGGCCUCUGGAAUUCAAGUCAAGUUGGCAAUGGACGUUUACGUGGUCGUGGUCGUCGUAAAUUGGGCGGCACAGGCGGUAGCGGUGUCUGUUCAAGUGCAUCUACAUUGAAAUUAUCUAGUUUAAAAUCAGAUGAAACCGGCAGUAGUACCUCAGUAGCAACAGUGGUACCGAGUAAAUUGGAUGAAGUUAAACAAGAGGAUGCUACAUUUGUACCUACCUCUGGGUCAUCACAUGACGGUGGAGAAUCAGUUGAGAACGGUAUUGUGUCAGGAUCCACCACACUAAAAGGAUCAAAUUGCAAUGAUGAAAGCACUCUAUCCACAGGUCUUCCUGUCACAAACGAACCAAUCAAGACUGUCAAGGAAUUGAUAGCUUUUUAUUAUUAUUGGAAACGGAAAGGUACAUCGUCUUGCUCAUCCUCAUCGUCAUCAGCAUCGAUUAGUGGUGUAGGGGGUGGUGGACAUGGUGGUCUGAGUUCAGUUGCAGCGAAUUUUGCAACUGCAGUAGUUGCGGCCACACUUAAUACUACUACUAAUGAUACUAGUGUCGCUGGUGCUAAUAAUAAUCAUAUCCCAUCUUCAUUAAGCGGCAAUACAACAACUCCUUUCGAAUCAGCUAAUAAUUUGAAUGGUAGUGCAUUCUCUACUCAAGCUCAUAUCACUUCUGUCAGUGUUAAGAAAAGGAAACCAACUAAUCGUGGUUGUGUUCUAACUAAACAAGCUUGGCUUGGUAUCAUUGAACAUCGUAAAGCUGCAGAGUAUGAACUACGAAGAUUAUUAACAUUGAAAUAUGAAAAGAAUGAUCAUCAUAAUCAUAAUCAUAAUAAUACUCAUAAAAAGAAUGAUGAAUUACAACAUCAAAAAACUGUCAAUUAUUCAAAAUCAACAUUGAUGAAUGAUGAUAAAUCAGAGUCGAUUGAUCCAAGUCAUCCUGAAUCAGAAAUUGAAGAGAAUUAUGAUUUAGCUAACACUGGGCAUGAUGAUGUUGAUAUACCUGUGACAUCUAGUGAGAAAGCAGAAGAAAUUACACCAGUCUCUACAACAUCAAGUGCGGAUUCACUGUCAACUAGUCGAUCACGUAAACGUGUAUGUAGAAAUUGUUCUGUGGAGUUGGCAUCUACUGGGGAAAGUCCGCCUUCACCUAUGCCUAAUCAUCAUCAUUUGGGACAAUUACGAUUUCUUUGUUCUGAUUGUCGUAUUUAUUUACAAAAAUACGGUGAAUUGAAGUGUACAUUGAAAGAAGAGGAAAUUAAUAAUCCAUCUGAAACACUGAAUUCAAUAUCCAAUGACGGAAAGCUUCAAAAGAAAGAAUCAAAUGAUGGAAAUCUUUUAGACACCAUUGAAGAAGAUGAAUUAGAUGCUAGACAUGGAAUGAAAGAUGAUCCUUCAAAUGAAAUCACUGUUAAUCCCAUAUUGGAUGACAUAAAACCAACAUGUUCAUUAACCACAUCAUCUACAACAAAUUAUCAUAGAAAACAUAAGAAACAUUCAUUAAAUCGAUUGAAGAAACAAUCUCAUUCUGAUAAUUACGACUCAUCAACUAGCUUUUCAUCAUCUUCUUCAUUAUGUUCGCUUAAUUUACACAUGGAUAAACAUUAUUCUACUUCAUCGUCAACUUCAUCAUCGCCGAGAUCAUCUCAGUUAGAAGAUGAAGAAGUAGACGAGGAAGAGGAUUCAGACUCUAUUGGAUCUGAUUAUGAAUUUAACAGUUCACCCAGUUGUAGUAGUAUUGCUAGUUCCAUUAGUUGUAAAUCGCCUUUAAUAGAUCAUGAAUUGAAUGAAAUUAACUCAGAAUGUCCUAGUUAUCGUCAUAUGAAAAGAAAAAGACGAAAAAAUUCACAUCUACGUAUUAAAGGCAAAAAACAUAUAUGCAAUGAUAUAGACUAUAUGUGUAAGCCACCGCCUAAAUUGGAUGAUAAUAGAGACUAUGAUUGUAACGAAGAUAAUCAAUGCUUCUCUAUUCAACCUAAGAUUGAUACAAAUGAUUCUCAUUGUUCUGAUACUACUAAGACAGCUUUACAAUCAUCAGAGAUUCUUUCAAGUUCUAAUCUUAUUGAUUCACGUGAUACUAAGGGACAUAUUUCCAACGUAUUAUAUUCUAACACUAUUAACAAUAGUAGUAAUGGUAAUACUAAUAAACUUGAUGGACUAAAAAAAGACUCUACAAUGAAAUUAUCAACUCCCAUCGAAAUUAAUAAUAAUGGUGAUCGACAAUCGCCUGGAGAAAUUGAUGAUCAACAACGGAAUAAUGAUGCUGAUAAUGACGAUAAUAGUAUGCGUGAAUUAGAAAUUGAUAAGUUAAUUACUGCAACUAACGAAUCAAAUCCACUAUCCUGUUUCAUAGACGCACAUCGUUCCACCUGGUCACAUCUUGUACGUAUCUGGGAUAGACAAAUACAAUAUUCACAUACAACAACUACUCCUGGAACAGAUUAUCAAUCAACAAAGAUUGAAACAAAUAUUGGUUCAUGUGCUCGUACGGAUUUAAUAUAUUGUGGCAGAGGAUUAAAUGAUAUUUCAUUGAAUAAUCGAGAAUUUUGGCAUAUGCAAAAAUGUAAUUUAUUCACAAAAUAUGCUGAUACAGCUAUUGGACCUGGUGUUCAUCUUUAUCUUUCAUCAUCUCUACCAAGUACUUUGGAUAAUUCAAUAAAUGUAGUCAAUAGUGAAUCAAUAACUAAGUCGGAAAUAUUAAAUUUAACUUCACCUAAUGCGAACUAUACAAAUAUGUCGUGUAAUCCAUCUCCAGGUAUUCAUGAUUCAUCAUCGACUGCACUUGAUUUAUGCUCACGUAAUAGUUCCAAACGAUCAUUUAUUCCAUCGUCAACAACAGAACAACCAUGUACAAAAUCUCGUCGAUCAUUUCAAUGUGAUACUAUCAAUAAUCCUUAUCUGCAUUCGAUCUCAUUAAAUGUUCCAAAUACCAAUAUAUCUUGUUCUACCGUGUUGAAUAGUAGUAGUAAUACUAUAUCCAAUUCACAAAUACUGCCAACAGGAGCUGAAUUGAGACCGACUGUCAACAAUACUACUACUAAUAAUAAUAAUAUGUCAAGCCAACAACAACGACAACUCCAAACUAUGUAUGAACAAGCUUUAAUAUUUGCUGCAGCUGCGGCAGGUCAUUAUCAACAUAGUCCUCCUGUUCCUCCUGGUCCAGUACGCGACACAUGUAAAUUUUUCCCAACUAAUUUUGAAUUGAAUAAUCAAAUGAAACAGUCACCCGUUGUAUCUUCUCCAAAUCUACGUUUUAUAAGCUCAAAUAAUAGUAAUAGUAAUAACAGUAAUAAUCCUUUAAUGUCAACUAGAUUGGGUGCUGCAACUGGAACAUUCUAUCCACCAAUUUCUUCUCUGUCAACUUCAACUGGUAUUUCGUCCUCAUUAUCGUCUGGCAAUAAUAAUAAUACUUUCGGAAUAAAUAAACCAUCGAUUAGUGGUGCUCCAUUCAACUUCAACCUAAAUGAUCCUCAAUACCAAUCAUUAAAUCUUCCACCGCCACAGAUGGCUAUGUCCGCUAGUGGUGUCGGUUCUACGUCUAUUCCUCACGGAUCGAAUUUCAACCCUACUACUGGUAGUAGUAUUAGUAGUAGUUACAAUGGCUUGGGAUCUUCAUCUUCUAACUCAUCAGUGCCAGGGAAUCAACUUUAUAAUCAUCCAGAGUUUUUACAACGGCAAUUAGCUUUGAUGGGAUUACUUCCACCUGGUUCAAUACCUCCUGAACAUAUGAUGCCUAUUACAUCAGUAGAACAACGUGAAAUUGAAGCAUUUCAACGAUUAAUGACUGAAAGACUUGAAUAUUUAAGAAAUACUACAAAUAAUAAUAAUAAUAAUCCACAACAACAGCGUACUAUAACUCCAGUUGAACAAAUUUAUCAACAUCAUCAACAACAACAACAACAACAAGAACUUUUUGCUACAGCAUUUUCAGCUGAAAUGGCUUCAAGACUUGAAAGUAUGUCUUCUAUUUAUUCAAAUCAAGAUUGUCUAUUCCCUUUAUCAUUUAAUUUAUCACAUUGUGAAACGAAUAAUGGUGCAAUGACAUCUGCAGUAAAUAGUAUAUCUACUCGACCUACAGCUUCGGUUCAAUUACCACAAAAUACACGUUUUCCACAACAAUCAAUUCAAUGUAAUACUCCAUUGUUAACUAAUCGUUUUCCUAUAAAUCAUUCAGAUAUUCAUAAUAUUAAUAAAACACCACCAAUGGCACAUCAUAAUUCUUCAUAUUCUACAUCUCGUGAUAGUUCUACAAAUUUAAAUGUUAAUAUUUCACCUAUGUCAUUAAAUGUAGUACCUACACGUGCUCAACCAAAUAUACCUUUUAGUACACCUAUUUCUCAUGGGACUAAUCGAUCAACAGCACGUAAUUCAAAUACUCAAUCAUUGUCAUCAUCAGCAUCUUCUUCCAAUUUACAAGAACAAGUAUUGAAUGCUGCUAAACUGGCUAUGAUGGCUGCUAAUAUGCAGUCUGAUCCGAACAAAGCAUUAACAUUUGCAAGUUUAGCUGCGGCAGCUUUCACAGAAAUGGCAUCAUCAUCACAAGAUAAAAAGUUACCGUCACGUAGUAAUGAUCAUUCAUCAUCAUCUCAUCAUCCAUUGUCUGGAAUUCAAGAGAAUUUAUCACAAAGAAAUAUGAAUAUUCCAACAUCCAACAUGAGAUUACGUUCUCCAGUCGGGAGUAGUAGUGGACAGUACAAUUCAGAUUGUAAUAACAGUAUUCCUACUCCUGGUGUUGUACUCUCCAAUUUUAUGCAUCAAAAUACACAUAAAGAAAGACGUCGCCAGAAUAGUCAUUUAGCUUCAAACAAUAUUGCAUCUCAUUCACCUGGUGUAGUAUCUCAAUCAUCAAAUCGUUUACAGUCUCCUCCUGUACAUUAUUCACAUCCAGAAUCCCGAUCAUUUAAUAACGAUAGUAAUAAUAAUAACAAUAAUAAUCGUACACCAACUCCAGCAGCUAAUCGUAUACAUCAAUCUCUGUGUGCUAAUAAUGACUCUUCAUUUGUCGCUGGUCCCACAGUACCUGGAGGAGGUGGUGGUGGUGGGAUACCUCCGGCACAAUUAGCGCAAUUAGCUCAUCUUGCUCAAAUGUCUGGUCUUCCGCCUGGUUUUUCAUUUCAGGAUCCAGCAGUGUUGAAUGCUUUCGCUUUGGCUGCAGCAGCAACCUCUUUGGUGGCUAGUGGUGCUAAUCAACCAGAUAUGCUUACAGAUACAAAUAUGUCAACGAAUCCAGUCGAUCGAUAUCGGUCACCGGUUCCGUCAUACACAUCUCCACAACCACAUCAACAACGUUAUCCUCCUACUAAUUCACAAACGCAACAACAACAACAACAGAAAGCGGCAGCUGCCGCAGCAGCAGCGGCAAUGGCCAAUGCUUUUGGUUUACAAAACUUACCAGCUCAAUUUAAUCCACGUCUAUCAUCACAACCGCCAUAAUUAAGACAGCAAUGUAACAAUAUAAGUGUUGUUAUUUUAAAAAAAAUGAAAGAUUAAAAUAACUAAGUGAUUGCGAACUACACACUAUUUUGAUGAUCAGGUUAUAAAAAUUUCCAUAUUACAUUUCUACUAUGUAUUACUUGUAUAUACAGCUUGAUUUUCCCUUUGCCUAUUCUUCUUCUUCUUCGUCUAUUUGUAUUCAUCUUUUUUUUGUUUAAUUAUAAAAAUUCCUAAUGAGUGCACUAUAUUUGUAUGUAUGUGUGUGUGUGCGUAGUGCACUGGAUGAAACCAAUGUACCUACAUUUUCUAUUCUUUUGUGUCAAUGGAUUGAAUGAUAAAUCCAACAUAUACACAUAUAACAUAAAUGGCACAAUUUAUGAAUAUACCUGCUCACAUAUUCAUCAUAAUUUUUUUUAAUAAAUAAUUGGGUUUUUUCAUUGGUUUCUAUUGUAUGUUUUGAUAAACAACAACUAUGUUAUCAUUAUUAUGAUUGAUAUUGAAAAAUUGAACACCAUUCAAUAUUGAUCUUCUUUCUUUCUUUCUUUUCUUUCUCUUAUUUGAUAUUAUACUGAAUAGUAUAACUUAUUCAUUCUCAUUCAUUGUAUGUAAUCAUACUUGUUUAUCUUCUGUAUUUGUGUUUUAUUCUUAUUACUGGAAGAUUACUCUGUGAAGUAUGUUUGACGUCCUUUUAUUGACCCUUUUUUUGCGUAUAUACUAUAUACAUUGAUAUUCUCAUACGAUGUGAACUACUUACUUAAUAAUAAUGAUAAUAUAAACAAUAUGUAGUGUUCGUUC